AUGGGUCUUUUCAGUCGUCUAUUGAAGGUUGGCGCUGCUGGUACUGUCGCCUCGGUCGGCGUAUUCUGGGGCGCCACGCGCAAUGAUGUCUUUGAUCACAUGGACACCUCUGAUCCCAUCUUCCAAUCGACCUUUUUCAACAAGUUCAACCCCAAUCGCAACCCAACUCUGCACGAUGUCUGUGUUCGCCGCAUUCCCCUCGACAAGAUCAAGCCUGAGCUGGUAGAGGACAAGGGCAAGCUGGUGGAGGCCUUCUGCGCUGGUGUCUGGGGUGGCAUGGGAUACAUCCCCCAGCGUGCCUAUUUCGAUCAAAAGUACCGUGGCCCCGAGACUGCCCACCAUCUCUGGAAGCGAUCGGACCUUCUCUCCAGCAACUACGAGGUCGGUACCCUCAUCACCGAUCACUUCGAAGUCGUUGAAAAGACCGAGGACAAGAUCACUGUCCGCUGUGGUGCUUCUCCUCGUGUCCGCGACGUUCGUCCCUCCGAUGGUCUGUUUGAAAUCGGCGCAGUUGUCAAGCCCGAGCAGGGCGUCGCAGAGUUCACUCUCAAGAGCUGUUUCUACCAGGGUCUUGGCAAGGCCGAGGCUCCACCAAUGGAUGACAAGGUUGCUUGGGCACAUCGUCAAUAUACCAAGCUUCUUCUGGAGACAGCGGUGCUGAAGAAGUGCGUUCGGUAA